GAGGCGCCGCGGCGGAUGGUCCGCGUUGUCCCGCCGCCCCCCGCCCGCCCCUCUCGGAGUCGGCGGCGUCGGCGGUGGCAGAUGGAGCGGGGGGGCCCGGGCUGGCGGGGCGGGAGGCCGCCGCCGCGGAGGUUACUGCUGGCGUUGCUGCUGUUGUUGAUGCCGGCGCUGCCGGGCUUGGGGCCCGCGGCCGCCGCUGCUGCUUCGGCCGCCGAGGAGACGGCGGCAGCGAAGGAAUGCGACAAGCCGUGCGCCAACGGCGGGCGGUGCCAGCCGGCCAGCGGGCAGUGCGAGUGCCAGCCCGGCUGGGUGGGCGAUCAGUGCCAGCACUGUGGGGGCCGCUUCAGACUCACUGGGCCUUCAGGGUAUGUGACGGAUGGGCCUGGGAAUUACAAAUACAAAACAAAAUGCACCUGGCUCAUUGAAGGAAGGCCAAACACAAUCCUCAGGCUUCGAUUCAAUCACUUUGCCACAGAGUGCAGCUGGGACCACUUGUAUGUGUAUGAUGGAGACUCCAUUUAUGCUCCCUUACUGGCAGCUUUCAGUGGUCUUAUUGUUCCUGAGAAAGAUAGCAAUGAAACAGUGCCAGAAGUUGUAGCCACUUCUGGAUAUGCCCUUCUGCAUUUCUUCAGUGAUGCUGCCUAUAAUCUAACAGGGUUCAACAUCACAUACAAUUUCAAUAUGUGUCCCAAUAACUGCUCUGGCCGAGGAGAAUGCAAACUCAACAGCAGCAGCAAUGCUCUGGAAUGUGAAUGUGCCAAAUACUGGAAGGGAGAGGCCUGUGAUAUCCCCUACUGCACUGAGGAUUGUGGGGCACCUGAGAGAGGCCACUGCAGCUUUAAUGAUACUAAGGCCUGUUUGUGCUCUGCAGGCUGGCAAGGCCCCGGCUGCUCAAUUCCUGUUCCUGCGAACCAGUCGUUUUGGACCCGGGAGGACUACUCUCUGCCCAAACUUCCCAGAGCAUCUCACAAAACUGUAAUCCAUGACAACAAGAUGUGGAUUGUUGGAGGCUAUGUCUUCAAUCAUUCUGACUCUCAGAAGGUUUUAGCGUAUGAUCUUAUUUCUGAGGAGUGGCUUCCCCUGAACAACACUGUGAACUCGGUAGAGAUGAGAUAUGGCCACUCGCUGGCCUUGCACAAGGACGACAUCUACAUGUACGGGGGCAAGAUCGACCGGACGGGGAACGUGAGCAGCCAGCUGUGGGUGUUCCACAUCCCCAGCCAGAGCUGGGCCCAGGCCACGCCGGCAGCCAAGGAGCAGUACGCUGUGGUGGGGCACUCGGCACACAUCGUCACCCUGAGGGACAACAGCACCGUCAUGCUCGUCAUCUUUGGCCACUGCCCUCUCUAUGGCUACAUCAGCAACGUCCAGGAGUACAACUUGGCCACCAACACGUGGAGCAUCCUACAGACCAGCGGAGCUUUGGUGCAAGGAGGUUAUGGCCACAGUAGUGUUUAUGACCCAAGCACAAGAUCGAUUUACAUCCAUGGUGGUUACAAAGCCUUCAGUGCCAACAAAUACAGGCUAGCAGAUGACUUGUACAAAUACGAAGUUGAUACCCGUAUGUGGACGAUUCUGAAGGACAGCCGAUUCUUCCGCUACCUGCACGCGGCGGUGAUCACAAGCGGGACCAUGCUGGUGUUCGGAGGCAACACGCACAAUGACACCUCCAUGAGCUAUGGUGCCAAGUGCUUCUCUUCUGAUUUUAUGGCCUAUGAUAUUGCCUGCGAUCGGUGGUCUGUCCUUCCGCGCCCAGGUCUCCAUCACGAUGUCAACAGGUUCGGACACUCUGCUGUGCUCUACAACAGCACUAUGUAUAUCUUUGGAGGCUUCAACAGCCUCCUCCUGAGUGACAUCCUGAAGUACACCCCUGAGAGAUGUGAAGCUUUUGCCAACGAGACAGCCUGCCUGCGAGCAGGCCCUGGUGUCAGGUGUGUGUGGUCUACCUCCCCUUCUGGCUGCGUCCCCUGGGAGAAUGCAACAGUAGAGCAGCAGCAAAAGAUCUUGGAGGACUGUCCUCCCAGGCCAGCUGUAGACAAUGAAAAAUGUGAUCAGAUUACAGACUGCUAUAGCUGUACUGCAAAUACCAACAACUGCCAGUGGUGCACUGACCAGUGCGUCUCCGUGCAUAGCAACUGCACAGAGGAACAGGUUCCUAUUACUCUGUAUGACAAUUGUCCAAAGGAUAACCCUGCCUAUUACUGUAACAAAAAGACAAGCUGUAAAAGCUGUGCCAUGGAUCAAAACUGUCAGUGGGAGCCCAGGAAUCAAGAGUGCAUCGCUCUACCAGAAAAUAUCUGUGGAACAAACUGGCAUUUGGUUGGCAACUCCUGCUUGAAAAUCACAAAUGCCAAGGAGAACAAUGACCAUGCCAAACUGUCCUGCAGGUCCCACGGGGCUCUGCUGGCUUCUCUCACCACCCAGAAGAAGGUGGAAUUUGUUCUCAAGGAGCUGCAGAAGAUGCAGUCCUCGCCCAAAACUCUGACUCCGUGGGUGGGACUGAGGAAAAUCAACGUGUCCUAUUGGUGCUGGGAAGACAUGUCUCCUUUCACCAACACCCACGUGCAGUGGCUGCCCGAGGAGCCCAGCGACGCCGGCUUCUGCGGCUACCUGGCGGCGCCUUUCCAGCAGGGGCUGAAGGCAGCCACCUGCAUCAACGAGGUCAAUGGCAGCGUCUGCGAGAGGCCAGCAAACCACAGCGCCAAGCAGUGCCGGACGCCCUGCGCGCUGCGCAGCCUGUGCGGGGAGUGCACCAGCGGCAGCUCCGAGUGCAUGUGGUGCAGCAACAUGAAGCAGUGCGUCGACUCCAACGCCUACGUGGCCUCCUUCCCCUACGGGCAGUGCAUGGAGUGGUACACCAUGAGCAGCUGUCCACCUGAAAACUGCUCAGGCUACUGUACAUGUGCUCACUGCCUGGAGCAGCCUGGCUGUGGCUGGUGCACCGACCCCAGCAACACUGGCAAGGGGAAGUGCAUCGAAGGCUCCUUCAGAGGCCCUGUCAAGAUGCCAGUGCCAUCGGCAAGCGGGAAGCACAGCUUGGAGCCCGUCCUUAAUGUCAGCAUGUGUCCUGUGGAGAACAGCUACAACUGGUCCUUUAUUCAGUGUCCAGCCUGCCAGUGUAAUGGGCACAGUAAGUGUGUAAAUGAGAGCAUCUGUGAGAAGUGUGAGAACCUGACAACUGGCAAGCACUGUGAAACCUGCAUCUCAGGCUACUAUGGGGACCCCACCAACGGGGGAACGUGUCAGCCUUGCAAGUGCAACGGCCACGCCUCUGUCUGCAACACGAACACGGGGAAGUGUUUCUGCACCACCAAGGGAAUAAAGGGAGACGAAUGUCAACUGUGUGAAGUUGAAAACAGGUAUCAGGGAAACCCACUCAAAGGAACGUGUUACUACACUCUGCUCAUUGACUAUCAGUUCACCUUCAGCCUGUCUCAAGAGGAUGAUCGCUAUUACACAGCCAUCAACUUUGUAGCAACACCUGAGGAGCAAAACAGAGACCUGGACAUGUUUAUCAAUGCAUCUAAAAACUUCAACCUCAACAUCACUUGGUCUACAAGCUUUGCAGCUGGCACCCAGGCCGGGGAGGAGACCCCAGUUGUUUCCAGAAGCAAUAUCAAAGAGUACAAGGACAGCUUCUCCAAUGAGAAAUUCGAUUUCCGCAACAAUCCCAACAUCACUUUCUUCGUUUACGUCAGCAACUUCACCUGGCCAAUAAAGAUACAGAUUGCAUUCUCACAGCACAGCAACUUUAUGGACCUGGUGCAGUUCUUUGUGACCUUUUUCAGUUGUUUCCUGUCUUUGCUCCUGGUGGCAGCUGUGGUUUGGAAGAUUAAACAGAGUUGCUGGGCAUCGCGACGCAGAGAGCAACUGCUCCGUGAGAUGCAACAGAUGGCAAGCCGCCCCUUCGCCUCCAUCAACGUUGCCUUAGAAACAGACGAAGAGCCACCAGAUCUCAUCGGGGGAAGCAUAAAGACCGUACCAAAGCCGAUCGCGCUGGAGCCCUGCUUCGGCAACAAAGCGGCCGUCCUCUCCGUGUUCGUCAGGCUGCCUCGAGGGCUGGGGGGUAUCCCACCACCAGGACAGUCAGGUCUGGCGGUGGCCAGCGCUCUGGUGGACAUUUCACAACAGAUGCCAAUUGCCUACAAAGAGAAAUCGGGCGCGGUACGGAACCGGAAACAGCAGCCCCCUGCACAGCCAGGAACCUGUAUUUGAUGCAUGGACAUCAGAAACUGUUUUAAACAAAAUGGAAAAGGAACACCCAAGAGGAGGAAGAGAAGAAGAGAUUUCCCAAGAGACUAGAAGCACUCAAAACAAACAAACAAACAAACAAACAAACCAACCUCCACGAAAACCAACACCGCAACGUCCUCGCGCCCAACAUUUUUUCCUCUCCUCUCCUCUCCGUGAUAGUUGGCUUUAUUUGACAGCUGCUCCACUUAAGUUUUACUGACACGUGGCUUCAGAUUGCUCCUUUGUUUUCCUUCCAGUUUCAAGUACAAUGGUUUCAGUGCAGGCCCGGUGGCGUGCGGAGGGCUCCGUUUGGUGGUCGGUGUAAAUAGAACGGCAGUCCGAGGGAGAUGAGACUCAGGUUUAUACAGGGGAAGCGCUUUGUAGUUCCUGUAUUUAUCAAACUGUACAAAGGAAACAAACAAACAAACAAAGGCAAACAAUGCAGUGUUUACAGGUGUCAGCUCUCAGCACAUAAACACUACUAUUAACCUUCCACAGCAUCUCCACCCUUUGUUUUCAUUUCGCGUCAGGUGUCUGUCCCCUGCGCUCUCUGAGCGGAACUCUCCUCUGGACGCGGCGGCUCGGGAGCCGCCACGGUGCAGAACAGCAGCGACCCAGAAGCUGGGAUGGUUCCAAGGUUGCUGUCUCACCUUGCUCAGACCACAUGCAAUGCCUGGAGAAGCUGAAGGCUGCUUUUGAAGGACUCAGUGUUUACAUAGUCUUAACCUGCUUGGAGUACACCAUACACAAGUGCCUAGACUUGAACAGAUCUAGGGGGUGAGGAGGCUGCUGCACACGUCGAUGGUUAACGUCCUUCUCUUCCUUUUACAUGCCUGUAUGCGCACAUGCAGAGAGCCACCCGGGGCAGUCUGGCUUCUUUAUGGUGUGUAAAUGGCAUUUUCCUGACCAACAAAUGACUCAACUAGAGGGAAGUACCUGAGGGGAAAGCAGGGUUUCAUUAUCUCAUGAGAAAACUCCUGCUUUCUCCAGUGUUUUCAGUAGAAGCAGCCUGGGUUGCAGGUCAGGUACAUGAUAUUUCUUCUGAUUUUCCCUGCCUGUUUUCCCUUCUCCUUCCCUUCUGCCAUUCCUCUACGUGUGAGCUGUGCUGCGCUGGAGCUCAGAGCCGUCUCUCCUCAGCAGCACAAUUUGCUCCAUCUCCUUACAGGGUGUAAAAGGCAACACUCCAGGUGCCAGAUUAUUUGAGGAUGACUUUAAAACCAACUUUAAAUAAAAAGCAAGCAGAGCAGCUGCAUUUGGCCACAGGUUUGAGUUGCUGACGUUUCCCAUUGGGGUUGAGCCCUCUUAGAUGGUGGUGAAAGGAAGGGCCUUGCAAACACCAAAGAGGCAGUUUGGCUCUUGGUGUCUGACCAUCUGACCUGCUCUCACUAGCUGGGAUUAUGUUUGGAAGUUCAGGGUUAGGCUUGACCCAUCAGUCUGUGCAUGCUGGUGCCCAGUGUCUCCCUUGGCUCUGGAAUGUGGCACAGUGCCAGGGCCAAAGGAAGCUGUGAUGUGGAAGCUGGUGGGAAGCUGUUAGGUGAAGGUGCCCAACAAGGCGUGUAAGCGGUGCUUAAUCACAGCAAGGAUGGCUUCAUCCAGGUCACUGAGCUGCUGGCUUCUGCUGGGGCAUCUGCUGGUUAUGAAAUGGAGACCUAGCAAAGCAAGGGUGGGGGGUGAAGGCAAAAGUGCUCUUGAGCCUUCUGGCCAGGUGGCACCAUGUGCAGAGCAAAGCACUGCAGCUUUGUGUGUGUGUGUGUGUGCGCAUGUUUUGGUGAUCAGCCACUCGGUCUGCUCUGGGGGGAGGUUAACCAUGCAGUUUGGAGCAGCUCUGUGGAGCACAGAGGUGGCAUCACUAAAGAGACCUGAACUGCUCUCUGUGU